AUGCCCAACUACCUGCCCCAACAACUUGCCCAACUACCUGCCCUAACUACAUGCCCAACUACCUGCCCUAACUACAUGCCCAACUACCUGCCCCAACAACUUGCCCAACUACCUGCCCUAACUACAUGCCCAACUACCUGCCCCAACCUACUUGUCCAACUACUUGCCCAACUACCUGCCCCAACCUACUUGUUUAACUACUUGCCCGACUACCUGCCCCAACCUACUUGCCCAACUACCAGCCCCAACCUACUUGUCCAACUACCUGUACCAACCUACUUGCCCAACCUACUUGCCCAACUACCUGUCCCAACCUACUUUCCCAACUACCUGCCCCAACCUACUUGCCCAACAACCUGCCCCAACCUACUUGCCCAACAACCUGCCCCAACCUACGUGCCCAACAACCUGCCCCAACUACUUGCACAAGUACCUGCCCCAACCUACUUGCCCAACUACCUGCCCCAAUCUACUUGCCCAACUACCUGCCCCAACCUUCUUGUCCUACUACUUGCCCCAACCUACUUGCCCAACUACUCGCCCAACUACCUGCACAACUACAGACGAUCUCCACAGAAACUAUUCCGUUUAAAGAGCAGCAUGGGGGAUAACUGA